AUGUCCACUACUCAAAUGAAUCCUUUCAACGAUCCAUUGGCUGAUGAUCCUCCAUUAGAUUCAACAAGGAGGUUGACAGCUGAACAGAAAAGAAUACAAGAGCUCGAGCUAGCCAAUAUUGAGGCUCUGCAAGCGAAAGCUGAUCUCGAGUACUGUUUGGAGUUGGCCGAAUUUCAAAGAAAACGACUUGAAGAAGAAAAAGCGGCUACCGCUUUUGGCAAUGCCAAGACGACUGUUGUCAGUUCCAGCACUCGAACAACUUUUUCAAAUCGUGAUCGAAAAGAAUCACUUGUUCAAAAGUCAGCUCCAUUGAUCUUAAAGCUUUGUCUUUGUUUUGGAGCCGUUAUCCUAUUGAGUAUCGCUUUCGGUAUUCUCAUUCGAUUACUUAUCGUC